ACCAAAAACAUCUAUAAAGUAAAUUUUUAACUGACUUUUUAUUGGGAGGAGACAAAGGUUGCAUUUAUAGUUCCCUUUAUUCUGCCAUGUGCAUAAACUUGAUAACCUGUUCCACUUUUUCCUGCUCCCAAUUAAAGCCAGUCCACUCUGUACACAGUAUUUCCUUGUUCCCUCCCCUUCAGAUCAAAAGCUUAAAUACAAACGUAAAUGAGACUCGUGCAGCCGUGGCCACAGAGAGGAGAAAUGGCACAAAAGGCAGUUCAGCUGGACCGAGAAGCUUUCUGCUGUUCGAUCUGUCUGGAUCUGCUGAAGGAUCCAGUGACUAUUCCCUGCGGACACAGCUACUGCAAGAACUGCAUUAAAACCUACUGGAAUGAAGAGGACCAGAAGGGAAUCCACAACUGCCCCCAGUGCAGGCAGACCUUCAGACAAAUGCCCGUCUUGAAGAAAAACACCAUGUUGGCAGUGUUAGUGGAGCAGCUGAAGAAGACCAAACUCCAAGUGGUUCCUGCCGAUCUUGGACCAGAAGAUGUUGUCUGUGAUGUCUGCACUGAAAGAAAACUGAGAGCUGUGAAGUCCUGUUUAGUUUGUCUGGCUUCUUUCUGUGAAAAACACCUUCAUCGCCACUGUGAUUCAGUGGCGUCUAAGAAACACAAGCUGGUGGAACCGUUUAAGAGUGUUUGCUCUUGUCAUGGUGAUACCAUGAUGUUCUGCCAUGUAGAACAGAAGUACAUCUGCUAUCUCUGCUCUGUGGAUGAAAAUAAAGGCCACGACACAGGCUCAGCCACAGAGGACAUCAUUGAGAGACAGAAAAAGCUCCAGGUGAGACGAGAAGAAAUCCAGCAGAGAAUCCUGGAUCAAGAAAAAAGCGUGAAGCUGCUUCAGAAGCAGGUGGAAGUCAUCGAUCUGUCUGCUGACAAAACAGUGGAAGAAAGUGAGAAGAUCUUCACUGAGCUGAUCUGUCUGAUCCAGAAAAGAAGCUCUGACGUGAAGCAGCAGAUCAGUUCCUGGCAGGAAACUGAAGUGAGUCAUGUCAAAGAGCUUCAGGAGAAGCUGGAGCAGGAGAUCAAUGAACUGAGGGAGACAGACACCGAGCUGGAGCGUCUUUUAAACACCGAGGACCCCAAACAGCUUCUACACAGCUACCCGUCACCGUCAGCWCUCACCGGACACCCACGCUCAUCCAGCAUAAAUGUUCGUCCUCUCAGGUACUUUGAAGAGGUCUUAGCAGCUGUGGUGGAGCUCAAAGAUAAACUACAGAACAUUCUGACGGACCAGGAGAGGAGCAUCUCCCCGGUAGCCACUAAUGCCGAUGUGUUACUGUCACAACCAGAGCCAAAGAGCAGAGCUGACUUUCUAAAAUAUUUCUGUAAAAUCACUCUGGAUCCAAACACAGCACACACACAGUUGUUGCUAUCAGAGGGGAACAGGAAGGUAAACGUAAUGAAAAAGCAUCAGUCUUACAUUGCCCACCCAGACAGAUUCACAGGAUGGUGUCAGGUCCUGAGCAGAGAGCUUCUGACUGGUCGUUGUUACUGGGAGGUGGAGUGGAGAGGGAGAGAAGUUUCUGUAGCAGUGGCGUAUAAAAAUAUCAGCAGAGCUGGGAGAGGGAACGAAUGUGUGUUUGGACGCAACGACAAAUCUUGGACGUUAUUCUGCUCCUUAAACGGUUAUAAAUUUUGGUACAAUAACAUCAAAACUCCCAUCUCGGGUCCUCAGUCCUUCAGAGUAGGAGUGUAUCUGGAUCAAAGUGCAGGGAUUCUGUGUUUCUACAGCAUCUCUGAAACCAUGACCCUACUCCACAGAGUCCAGACCACGUUCACCCAGCCGCUCUGUGCCGGGCUUUGGAUUGGCGGUUUGUUAGAUUUGUCAAGUGCUGAGUUCUGUAAACUCGGAUAGACUGAAUUUACUGAAGUUUCAGUGAGUUUCAAUUUCUAAUCAUGGAACAGAUUUUAUUAAUUUUUUUUAUCUUGGUUGUUUCGUGUCUAAAUGACAGAAAUCAAUUGCUUUUCAUCAAAUGUUAUAUUUUGUUUGUUUGUUUUUUGAAAUGUCUUAAAGAAAGUGAAUGUCCCUACAAAUAAUCACAAAACUUAGUUAUAUACAAGAACAAAUUACUACGUAUGUUGAAAACUAUCAGUCUCAGCUAAACAUUUUUGACAUCAUUUUCUAUUUGCCUAAAAUGUUCAAAUGUUAAGAAUUUUAUGAAAAUAAAUGUCAAAAUAAAGCURUCAUGUUGGGAUAAAUAUUUAGCUUCAUUUAGUAAGUUUUGAAAUUCAUAUUCUUAUUUUAUUAAAAUAAUUUUUGUUAACUAACUAACGUUUUAUGUGUAAACUCCUAUYAUGACCGCAGCAAGAUGUUCAGCUUGAUUUAAGAGACAGUAACUGAUGUUUAUGUUGUUCCUACCAGAAAACUGAAAAUGUAUAAUCUAUCAGUUCCAGUUAAUAAAGUUAAUCAUUCCUCUUUGUCCUUUUAUUGUUCAUUACUUGAUGUUUUCUGCACUCUAUACAGUAUGUACACAAACUGGACACAACUAAAACACAGAUACAGUUGAGUUUAUAGGUGUAAUUCAGAUUGUGUAGUUACAUUUUAACCUUGGUUUUCUGAUGCAGGUGACUGUCCCUGCGUAUUUCAGACAUACUGGUUUGCUUGGUCUUGUUUAUUUCUCUGAAGAGCAGCUGUGCAGUUGUCUACUCAGUGAUAGUUUCAUUUAAACCAGGACCUUGAAGUCAAGGAGAUUCAAGAUCUGCACUUAAAGAACCAAGAUAACACUGUAGCCAUAUGUUUUAGUUUGUUUUGAGACAAAGCAAAUUUGUACAAUUAAUGUCUUGAAGACACCUCACGAGGAGACAGAUGUCGGGUACUUUAAAAAAAACUUUUUUUAAUACUAUUUCAUACCAACCACGUCAAGACCUCCAAGAUGCAAAACCAAGAUUGUUAAAAGACUUACGUGUCACUAAAUGUUUAAAAGUUGAGUGUAGUGGGACCUACCUCGCCCUAAUUUAGUUCUACACUAUUCUGUUCUCRUGGUACAUCUUUAACUCAUACAGCUAGAUGAACAUUUUCAGUGCUCAGUUUAUGAUUGGUCAUCCACAAGUUAAAAGUGAACUAGAAAAAGCUUUCAUGGCUUAUGUUACAAAUAAUAAUAAUAAUAAAAAGAUAAAGUUGAUGUGGCUUUAGAGGAUGGUGGAUAAGAAUGUCAGUUUUGAUGCAGUCGCUGCCGUGGGGCAUGGCUCCCUGGUUUUCAGGUUUGCUGGCAUGAAAUCGUCAGCUCACCGCAUCUUGUCUGGAACCUUGGCUGAGUAGGUCCUCGGAACCUAUAGGAAAAGUUGAACUUAUGGCAAAAGUGCUUCAGUUGGCCAGUCAUUUGGGAAAUAAAAAAGAUAAACCUCUUCAAUAGGUUCUACUCCAGCUGCCACAUUCAGAUGAUAAAACUUAGAGUAGACAGAGACGACAAUGUUUCUGUUUCACAUAUCGCAGAGGUGUCGAACUCCGGUCCUUGAGGGCCACUGUCCUGCAUGUUUUCUUGUUUUCCUGCUCAAACACACCUGGUUUGCAUGAAUGGAUGAUUGACAGGCUUCUACAGAGUUUAAGGAGGUAAUUGAAGCACUGAAUCAGGUGUGUUGUACCCAUGAUACUAGAGCCUGUUUGAAUAAUGUUUUGUGACGUCCGCGGCCUACCCCGGUUACCACUACUGCGCAUGUGUGUCAAGGACAGAAAGGCAGAUGUGGCAGUGGAAGGUGUCAAAGCAGUUUGGAGA